AUGGUUCUGUGCGAUGACUCUGCAUCUCUGCAGUUCUCUGCCACAAGGAAUUGGGACCACAUCUAUAACCUGCCGUGGCCAGUUCCUUUGGUGACACGCCGUUCUGAUCUGAAGCUUCCUUCAACUCAUGCACAGAUCCUUUCCAGAAUUCUCGAGCCGGCACCUGGGCCGGUGGUCGUGCUUGGCAUUCACCUGUGCGGUAUUCUAGCCAUUCGAGCUGUGGAGACCUUCAACGCCGGCCCGAAGUGUGUAGCAUUUGCUUUGAAGCCCUGCUGUCUUCCGCCCCUGCAGUAUGCAAAGAGCCGUACCCGCUGGACGCUUGGCACGCACACCUUCGCCGCCGCCGAGGUUUGCGCCUGGGGCAAGUACAACAAAAACGUGUGGAAUGGGCCAGCAAAGGCUACGCUGGCGCCCCGCUUUCGCAUGUGGGCCAGCAACCUUUUUCGGGGCCUACUUGCAGAGAGCAAGGAAUGCUUGCAUGUUGAGCUUGUGGAGGGCCACUACCAAGACACCUACCUCUUCGGCCGGCGGCGCUUUUCGACGCAGAGCCCAAAGCUGCCGGAGGAGCUCUUAGCCGAGGCCUCACCAGCUUUGGUUGCACGUCGAAUCUUGGAAGCCAGCGAGGCUCAUGAGGUGCUCGGCGUCCCGACCGAUGUCUCCAUCCGCCAGUUGCGCCGCCGCUGGACUGCCCUUGCACAUGCGCUGGACGAUGACAGCCCGGAGUGCGCGGCGGCAUUCCAAAAAAUCAAGGAUGCGUUUGAUCAGAUUCGGACAAUGCGCCGACCAGCAGAGGAAGAGGAAAAGGAGAAGAGCAGUAACUCAGGAACCUGCAAGCUUCCAGGCACAUUUCUUUCUUGUUGA